UUUUCUCUCUUUCUCGGACUUCAGAGACGAUGGAGACUGAAUACGACCAAGUUCUUCGCUCCGUUGCUCAGGUGAACAUCGCCGACCAGACCGGAGAUUCCGGCGAUGUUAGCUGUGACGGAGACGGUGUAAAAGUAUUGUGCUUCACUGAAGUUUUCGAUGAUGUCACUAUCCAGUUCCAGAUCAUCCGUCUCGCGAAACAGAUUUAUGUAUGGCUUGGUUGUAACUCCGCCAAAUUUGGGAAUUUGUACGCAGCCGCUUCAACACGACCGAGCAAUACCGUGAGUGUUACUUCAGUACUUGGUGGAUCAACUGAUAACACUGGAUCUGGCAUUGCGCGUAGAUUAGUGUUGAAGACUGGACUCAAUAUAAUACUGGCUUGCAACAUCCCUAAGAACAAUCCCUUGCUCGAGGCAAAAGCUGAGAAAGUGUUGAUCAGAAAGCUGAUUGAUCUUGGUUACACAAUGCCAAAACCUGUUUUGUUACCUACGCACUCUGGUGAAGCCGAGUCUAAAGUUAUGACACCAGUAGAAGAGGACAAUUGUGAGGAUUCUCAUAUUUAUAUGGGCUUUGCUCUGCACCAGGCUAAACUUGCUCUGGAGGCUCUUGAAGUUCCCGUGGGAUGUGUUAUUCUUGAGGAUGGUAAGGUCAUUGCUUCAGGGAGAAACCGAACAAAUGAGACACGCAAUGCCACAAGACAUGCAGAGAUGGAAGCAAUUGAUCAACUUGUCGGACAAUGGCAGAAAAAUGGACUCUCACCUUCACAAGUCGCUGAGAAAUUCUCGAAAUGCACUCUUUACGUAACAUGCGAACCUUGCAUAAUGUGUGCAUCGGCCUUAUCGUUUCUUGGUAUAAAAGAAGUGUAUUAUGGAUGUGCAAAUGAUAAAUUUGGGGGAUGUGGUUCCAUUUUGUCGCUUCACUUAGGCAGUUCUCAGCCGUCAGAUAUUCUGGAAGAAGCUCAAGCAGGCAAAGGGUACAAGUGCAGAGGAGGAAUAAUGGCAGAAGAAGCUGUCUCUCUUUUCAAGUGUUUCUAUGAGCAAGGAAAUCCCAAUGCCCCAAAACCACACCGCCCGGUAGUUCAAAGAGAGAGGACUUGAGGUUAACAUGUUGCAGAUAUUGUCGUUCAUAGGACACUGCGUUGAAGGUUGCUCUACAGAACAUUCCCCAUUUUUGCUUUCAGUCCCAUAUACCAUUUACUUUUUGUUUGAUUGUUUGUAAGUUAUCAAUGAUUCUCCUUAUGUUUUUGCUACUUUUUGCACAUGAAACAAUAAGAGAUACAAUUUUCAAAA